AUGGGCUGUUGCUAAUAAAAAUCACCUAAUCCCAAAAUAGAUUAAAAUCGAUACUAAUCAAAUGCAAAUACAUGUAACUCAGUGUGUAUAUGACAUUUAGAGACGUAAUAGAAAAGACAAAGUUUGGAGGUUUAUGAUCCAAUAAUAGGGAAAAUGGUUUAGGUGCCAAUUCUAGUGCCUGCCUAUAAAAGUAGUAUAUUGAAGAGGAGAAGCACACAGAUGACUAUAGGAUAAUGA